GUUGUGAAGAAUCAUGGAGAAACUUACUUUUCUACUUUUGAAUAUUUUUAUGCUGAGCGCCUUUGGAAAAGAUGAUGUGCAGAUCAGCCCAGAAGAUGCUAACAGCUUCAUGGUAGUUAAGUCGCGUGUGCCAAGAGGCAUUUAUCACGAAUGUUAUCAUGAAGGAUGUGAUUUUGAGGAGGUUGAAGAAGUAUUCGGAGCCUCAAAAAAGGGGUAUGAAUAUUAUUACACUUACACUUGCCAUAAAUUUGGAAGAAACUGCAAAGUGCCGUGCACUUACCGAGAAGACUGUACUUUUGGUGAGUGGGGAACCUGGCGAGGAGUGGUAAAUGCUCAGCAACCUGGAUGUUACCCGCAGAUAAGAUCGAAACCAUACAACCAUCCACUUCAAACUCAAUAUCGACGCUUCAGCUGUGGUGGACUCAACAUUGGGUGUCCUGCUCCACCAGUUCAGAGGCGACGGCAAUGUGUAUGUCGAAAAGCUAAUUGCCAGCAUGGAUCUUGGGAGGAGUGGACUGGGAACAUAACAGAGGGAAGCUGUGGGAUGCAGAAUAGAAUCAGACCAUACACUUUGACCUGGUCUUUGGAGCAACAGACUGGUUCAUGUAAUUCCGUUCCAACUGAGUGUCCUAUUCCAGAGACAGACUAUCGAAAGAUGUGCAGCUGUCCCAAAGCGGAUUGUGCGUUGGAAGACUGGGGCGAGUGGAAAGGCUCUGUCGCGGAGGGAACUUGUGGCCAGCAGAAGCGAACAAGGGGGUUUACCAAGUCAAUUGUUUAUGAACAACACGUCAACGAAUGUCCAGCCAAUCUUCCUCAAAAGUGCCCACAGGCUCUUGAAGAAACCCGUACAAAUUGUAGCUGUAAAUAUGCCACCUGCUCUCUCGGUGAUUGGUCAGAGUGGGAACCAAAGGAGCUCCAAGAAGGUCAAUGCGGUCAGCAACAGACGAGGAGGAAGACAUAUGCCCUAACUUUUCAAUAUCAGAUGCAUGCUGACAAGUGUCCACCCCUGCCACAAACUUGCCCAGACGACAUCGUCGAUAAAAGAACGCAAUGCAAAUGCCGAUACAGGGAUUCCUGUGAUCUCAAACCUUGGAGUGAAUGGGAAAACCCGAUAACAGAGGAAGGGUGUGAAUUACAGACGAGGACGCGAGAUUAUGUUCAUCCUUUGAAACACUCGCUGCAAGAAGAUUGCAGUGGCUUAUUAACGUCUUGUGUGACGAAACCGAAGGAAAGCAGGAAUUUUUGUAAAUGCAAAUACGUGGAAUGUGAUCUCGGUGAGUGGUCUGAUUGGAGCAGUCCUGCCUUGGCCCCAGAGCAGUGUGGGAAGGAGAAACGAACGAGGGAGUACAUUGCUAAAGAAAAGUUCAGUUUUGGAGAGACUUGUGAUGGACUUGUCACCUCUUGUCCAGCCGCGAAAGAGGAAACAAGAACAAUUUGCAAAUGUGCAUAUGUUAGUUGCAAAAUCAGCGAUUGGAAUCCUUGGAAAGGUGAACUACCGAAGGACGGAUGUGCGCAACAAAUAAGAACAAAAGAUGUCACCACGACCCAACACGAAAAGAUCCAAGCAGAAAACUGUCAAGGACUUCAGACCACCUGCCCCGAGGUGCCACCAGAGACAAGGACGUGGUGUAAUUGUUCCUUUAGAGAAGACUGUGUGCUUAAGGAGUGGAGUGCUUGGUCAGAGAAGAUUCCGGAUGUGGGAUGUGCUGUACAAAUUCGAAAACGUGACUUUAACAAAUCGCUUGAAUGGAUUGAAAGAGGAACAUGUGAUGGUUUGGAAUCGUGUCGUGCCAUUCGAGAGGAGGCCAGGACCGAAUGUAACUGUAAUCAGAUCAUUUGUUCUUGGGGAAACUGGACGCGAAAGAGUUUCAACGCCGAGACCAAUUGUUUUGUUGAAAUGAGAGUUAAAAAUGAGUCAGAUGGCUUCAAGAAGAUCAGACAGGCUGAUGACUGUAAAGGAAUACCAACAAGGUGUAGAGAUGACGAGAAAGAGGAAAGAGAAGACUGUCUCAGUGGAGGACCUGGAGGAAAACCGACCACUACUGCCCCACCUACUCGUCCUCCAACCACAGUAGCACCAACAACUGCCGGUACAGUCAAACCACCGACCUUUGUACACAUUGGCUGUUUCAAAGAUAAAGGCAAAGAUCCUCGUCCGCUGCCGAUGUUAAUUGCAAAUAAGAGGAAAGAAAUCGAUUGGUACAACCUAAGAAAGACGGUAGAGGCUUGUGCAGCUGAGGCGCAGAAGAGCAGAUAUGAGUAUUUCUCGGUGCAGUUCUUUGGCGAGUGCUGGAGCGGAGAAAAUGCAGGCAAAACGUUUGCAAAAGAUGGGGUGUCUAAGGAUUGCUAUGAAGGGGUCGGUAAGAACAGAGCAAACGCUGUUUACCGGAUAGAGGACAUCCCACCCUGCUCUUCUGAGCUUAGUAUUACAGCACGAGCCAGCAGCGGACAAGUACGAAAAAAUAACGCCUGGUGCGCUGGGAGCAAUUCUGACAAGUUUCAGUGGAUCGUUGUGGAUUUGGACGGUGAAAAGAAAAUUUCAGGUGUCGGCACUCAGGGUGUCGACCUGGACAACUGGGUCACCCUGUACACAGUUCAGUGGAGCGAGGAUGGAGAAGCAUGGGUCACCUACCAAGAGGAUGGUCAUGAUAAGAUCUUUACGGGCAAUUCAGAUCGAUUCACCUUAGAGACACGCUGGCUGAAGGAUCCAAUCACAGCCAGUUUCCUGCGCUUCGUACCAAAGUCAUGGUCUUCUAUACUCGUUUGCAUGAAGAUAAGGGUUUAUGGUUGCAAUGUGUAAGAAAACAAAGGCAAGGAAUCGAUCAUACUUUGUAGCAAUAGAGCAGCAGCACUAACUUCCCACACAACAAGAUAAAUAAAGUGUGUCACCCUUGACAUAA